CAAACCUCUGACAACCUGCUGUCUCUUCACUCUGAUGUGAGUUAUUUUUCUGAUAAGAAGUAUCUCCUGUUACUGUCCCUGGCCUGGUCCUCAUGCUGCUGAGCCUCCUGCUACUCAUCUGUGCUCUACUCUGCGAACAAGCCGAACUGCUUCAACCUCCUGUGCUGAUACUCAGGCCCACCUCCCCCAAAGAGGGGAGCCCAGUGACCUUGACCUGUAUGAUUCGGCCCACUCCACACAAGUCAGAGGUCCAGCUCCAGUUUCGCUUCUACAGAGACACCCGAGUCCUGCAGCCAGGCUGGAGUACUUCCCCAGAGUUCCAGAUUCCCUCCGUAAGGAGGGAAGACUCAGACUCUUACUGGUGUGAGGCAAAGACAGUGAACAGCGAAACCAAAAUAAAGAGCUCGAAGUCCCAGAUGCAUGUGCACAGAGUCCCUGUGUCUGAUGUGAGCCUGGACACGUGGCCCCCGGGGGGGCAGGUGACGAAAGGAGACAAGCUGGUCCUCAUCUGCUCCGUUGCUAAGGGCACAGGAGACAUUACCUUCUUCUGGUACAAAGGGUCCCUGGGUCUGAACCUGGAAAGGAAGACCCAGCGUUCCCUGACAGCAGAAUUUGAGAUCCCUUCAGUGAGGGAGAGUGAUGCUGAGGGGUAUUACUGUGCAGCUGACAAUGGCUUCGGCCCCAGACUCAGUGGGCUGGUGGGCGUCACUGUCAGAAGUCCAGUGUCUCGUCCUGUCCUCACUCUCAGGGCUCCCAGGGCCCAGGCUGUGGUGGGAGAUGUGGUGGAGCUGCACUGUGAAGCCCCCAGAGGUUCUUCUCCACUCCUGUACCGGUUUUAUCAUGAGGAUGCUAUUCUGGAGAACAGCUCAGUCCCCUUUGGGCAAGGAGUGUCCUUCAACCUCUCUCUGACUGCAGAGCACUCUGGAAACUACUCCUGUGAAAUUGACAAUGGCCAUGAGCUCCAGCACAGUGAGACCGUGACACUCGCUGUCAAAGUGCCCACUGGAGAGAGAAGCGAUCGUCUUACUGCAGGAGUCAUGGAAGGGCUACUGGGCAGUCUUGGUCCGGCCAUCAUAGCCCUGCUAUUUUGCUGCUGGCUCAAGAAAAAAAUAGGAAGACGCUCACCCAGGAAUCCACCCAGGAGCCCUCCCAGCCCAGUACACCAAGAAUCCACUCACCUCAACUCACUUGAUCCAGGGAAGCUACAGCCUAUAUAUGAAAACGUGAGUGCUGUAAGUGGUGAUGGAAUUUAUUCAUCAGUGUACCAAAUCCAGCAGGAAUUGGAUUCAACAGCAGUUGAACCUACUGGGACCCAUGUGAUGAAUAACGAAUCCUCAGACAUUUAUUCUAGGGUGAGGAAGGAAGACUUUACCGAUGUGGACUAUGAAGAUGCUAUGUAACCUGAUGGAAGAGUCUAUUUGUGGAAAACCACCCAGGACCCCAUGUCUCAGACCCACAUGUUCUUCAGAGAUCCUAGAAUUAAGUUUCCAACACACCUCAUCCAGGUGCUUUUCUGUAGAAGACUAUUUCUUCCCCUACUAUAAGGCUGGCAUGAACUUUGAAGAAAUCACUCAGGAGAACCAACACAGAGAGAGAAGUGGGAGGGACUUUUUCACCAACAUCUGAUUGCUGCUGGCUCCUUUAGAAACAGGUCAAGUUGUGCUGUUACUUCUUUUUACAUAAGUAAAUGGUGCUGGAUAAGAAAUUCUGGGGUCUUAAGGUGGAGACAGUGAAGCUUUGCCUGCACAAACCCAAGAUUAGUGAUUUUGCAGGACUCUCCAUAAAGAGAGCUUUCACCACCAGUUUGUGCAAAUGCUUUCUCUGCUCACACAGUGCAGAACCCUAGCCCUGCUUCUUGCAUGAUUCAGCAUCCUCUUUUCAUGUGAAAUAUGUUAUUCAGGGGUUUUGGGGGUCACUACUACCAAAUCACAUGUAAAACAAGGUUACAGCAAAGGUUAUUGUGAUUACUUUCAAUUUUGCUGACAUAUUUUGUGUACAAGGGCCAAUCUAAAGAUCCACAUAUGUAUCAUAUUUAUAAGUUUCAGUACAUCCAAACUUCUGUAUUUGUUAUGGCCUCUAAGAGUUUUACAAAUGCUGUUUCCUCUUUUAUUAACAAACUCUUUGAAAGUAUUACAAUGUAGUCUGUAGGACUGUAUCAUAAUUUUAAAGCAAUCAUAUGCCCAUUUUUACAAACUAAAACAAUUUAAAGGCAUAUAAAAUAAAAAGUUAGAGUUUUUCCUGCAAGCUAGCACCACAAAGUGACAACCAUGGUUAAAAAUUUAAGUUUUUUAAAAUAUUUUUGUAUAAGGGCUUACAUGUACAUGUAAAUAUAUAGAUAUCUAGAAGUUUAUCUAUAUAACAAACUCAUGAAAUAUUUUCAAAUCUAUAUUUAGAUGUAUUAUAUUAUUUUUAAA